UUCGAAGUGAAUGGAAGCUAAUAAACAACGGAUAAAAUCUAAAGCUGAAAAAUAGUCACUUUCUUUCUGUUAAGUUGCUUUAGAAAGUUCAACCGCGUUUUGUUAACAUACGCACAUCAGUAGAUGCAGACCAGUCUCCAAUAGUAGCCUAUUUAUCUUGUUUCUGGGAAGUUUUGGCGAGAAAAUAGAUAAAUUAGCCCGUACUUUUAGCUAGCUGAAUGUGUUAACCGCCGUCCUGGCGCUGUUGUCAUCUUGCCAGUUGCGGAGAUGGAUGGUUAUCCCGGAGUUAUUGGCGGUGAUUCUACAAAACAACAAGAACGACAUUACUACUUGUUGUCUGAACUGCAAACGUUAGUCAAAGAUUUACCAAGCUCCUUCCAGCAGCGCCUGUCUUACAGCACCCUCGGUGACCUGGCCCUAGCACUCAUCGAUGGGACGGUCUAUGAGAUUGUGCAGGGUCUUCUGGAUAUCCAGCAUCUGACAGAGAAAAAUCUGUACAACCAGAGGCAGAAGCUGCACUGUGAACAUCAAGCACUCAAGCAAGAACUUGUACGGAAGCACAAAGACGCUCUGCAGUCAUGCAAGUCUCACAACCUUGCGCUUCUCAAAUCAAACCAACAAGCAGAACUAGAGGCUCUGGAAAUCCGUGUGCGAGAGGAGCAAAGAAUGAUGGAUAAGAAGAUUGUAGCGGAAAUUGAUCAAAAAGUGAUAGAUCAGCAGAACACCCUGGAGAAGGCUGGAGUCCCUGGGUUUUAUAUCACCACUAAUCCUCAGGAGCUGACGAUGCAGAUGAACCUACUUGAAUUGAUCCUCAAGCUUCAACAGAAGGAGUCACAAUCCGGAAUCGUUUGAGAAGGAGGCAUAAAUAUGCCCCAAAACUCCCCAAAAUGUUCAGGAAAUGUCUAUAACUUGUUGUUAUGAGUCUAAUGUUUGCCAUCAAAACGCGCAGGAGGAGGCUGAUUCUUGAGCAUACAAGGCGUUUACAGUCCUGGAAGAGAGCAGUACCAGGAUGUAACAGCAGAAAUUGUAAAGCACUUAAAUGGCCAUAUCACACAUUGUGAAAUGAGUAAAAUGUUGGAGACAGAUUAUAUCCACAUUUAAGCAGAGUAUUGAGGGAGCAGCCUCUCCCAGAUGAGAAAUAGCAGAGGGUUGAUGUGUUGCUUAAGGUCGGAGAGUUGGCUGUAACUGGGAUUAAUGUAUUAAUGCUGUGACCUUCCUGAAGUGAGGUGGUCUCUCCAUAAAAGCCCCCUGAUGCCUCUGGAGAAGUCAGCUCCAUUUUAGGGCAAAAUAAAUAUUGUGUUGCUGCGUGUACACGACCGAACUCUGGGCAGCAAUAAUAUACAGAUGUCAAAGCAAAAGCUGAAAUAUGUAACUUUCCACUACAGUGUGCCUGUAAUGGUAAUGGUGUUUUGGAAGGCUGUGCUGUUCUACCUGCUGUUUAUUUAAAUCAGCCACUGGACUCUUGAGAAUGGAGCAGCUACUGCUGGCCUCAGGGCGUUGAUUCCAACUGAGACAUGAACAAAUAAGGUAUGCAACGUGUCAGUUCCAGUCAUCUGGCUCUGUUUUGAACAAACUUUAUUGUCUUAUUUAUUUGAACAGUAUUGUGAUACAUUUCCUGCCUUGUUUUUUCUAAUUUGUGCAACUAUGGUGUAUAAUUUUUAUGUGUUCAGUUUGUUUUAAUGAUAUACAGUAUGAACAAAACUGGUACAGACAGUGUCAUUAAAUGUAUGUCCAUGACACGAGUAUCUAUUGUCAUAAAGCAUUUAGAUCUUAACAAAAUUGAGAAAUUCUGUUAUAAUAUGUUAUAAUGUAAAUUUUCAGUAAUUUGUGUUGAGCUGGGUUACAAGUUAUUUCACUGGAAGGCUGCCAGUACUCAACAUAUCAUGUGGAGCUAAUUGAUACUUGCACCUGUUCAGGAGAAAAAACUGCAGCUGAACAGAAUCUAUGGCUGACAUAUUGGUUUACUGUCUUUACCUGUGAGGCCUAUAGUCUUAGAAAUGCAGGUGUUUUCUUUAACCAGACUAUUUGGUUAUUGGUAACUUGCUACUUUUGAGGAAAACAUACAUAUAAAACACAUGCUUAUCUUUUUAAAUAUCAUGCAUAUAGAUUAAAGGCCUCACCCUCACAGUAGUUACACUGCUGUUUAGACCUACUCAGACUGGAGUUGUGUGAAGCUUGAAUUUACAUGAGGUCAUCAUGCACUAUUAUAAAAUUGCAAACUGUCCUGCAAAUAAACUUAACAGGAGCCGCCUGACA